CUUGCAGCUAAACAGUUUCUUAGUAUUUGCAGACAGUUGAAGUUAAUAAACUUUAUGCAAGAAUAUAGCUGAGACCCCUUCUAUUGUCCGGCUCUGGGCUGGAGGCCUACGCCCUUGUCUAGGCCGCCGCUCUGUCGCUCCAAUUUAUUUAUAAACACGCAUUUAUUUUGGUUUUAAAUUAUAUAUGAAAAUCAUAUAAUUGUUGUCUGUCAUGUUGUGUGGUAGCAUCUAUGUUGUUAGCGGUCGCCUCAAGGUAAUUUAUUUUGUUUUCGGGUUUGCUGUUAAGAUACAUAUUUUUGUUUUUUUUUUUUUUUUCGACAAUAUCUUUGAACCCAACGCACUUGUGUGCUGAGCCCCAGCUUUGGGGCACAGUUGCGUCUGUUCCAUUUGCUCGUUUGUUGUUGUUGUUGUCACUUUUAUGGUAGCUAAUGUCUCGGUCAACGCAUUCAAGUCAAGUUCUGUAGCCUACUGCCGGCUCUCGUUGUUGUUGUUGUUGUUGUUGUCUGUUGGCUGUUGCUUUUAAUGGAAGGAACGAGUGCUUGAGUACUCGUUACGAGCUCAAACAAUGCGAAUUUAUAUUGUUUGAGUUUCCAUUCAUAGCAACAUUUAAGCGGCCGCCACAUUUGCAAUUCAAGUGAGAACGCGUCAAGAAGUCGUUGUGCGCGGCUGCUAAUCACAGGACUAGAAAGGACUCUCAAUAUAUUGCUCAGUAGUGAAAAGUGAUAAGAAUAAAACAAAACAAUUUACGUUCCACAAGCAUUCCAAACACGCUAAAUCACAAUUUUUAAACCAUUUAAAGUACAAUUGGGAAAAGUGAUCAAAAUAUAGUUGCUGAAACAAAACAAAAUCCAAUAAAGCACACUCACGCUCCACAUACAAUCCAUAGGCUCGAAUCUAUAACAUUCGAAAGUUGAAAGCAAACACACAAAUUAUAACGUUUCCCAUACAAUCCACAAGUGUUAUAUUUAAACAAGAUACGUUCCACAUAGAAUACCCAUUCAAAAAAUUGACAAAAACUAGAUUUCACGCGCGCUUAAAUGUAUGCUAGUGGCAAAUAGAAUACAACAUACAAAUACUUACGUUCCACAUAGCAUCCACAUGCAAAACUUGGAGAAAAACGAACUGCUGAACCAAAAAACACACUUGCCACAAGAAUAACAGAUAUAUUACUGGACAGAAACAGGCCAGAAAACAGCAUCCACAUGCGUUCCACUUUGCCAAACAUGUGCUCCAGCUUAAUUGUGAUUUUUGUGCUAGUUUUCAUCGAUUUUACCGUUUCUCACGUUCCGCGCACACGCCGCCAGAAUCGCUCCCAUCAGCUGUUGGACAGCAUUGGAAUUCAGGCCAAGCACUUCAAUCCGUUGCGUCCGGUCAGCAAUGCUCUGCCGGAGUAUACGGACAUAGAUCGGAAUUAUCGCCAGCUGCUGCUCAGCACACGCAGCACAGCGUUGAACUGGGCGCUGCGGGAUAUCGAGGCGCUUUACCGGCGCAGUCAGCACGAGGGCAAAUGGCAAACUCUGAUACCCAGCAAUGUGCCGUUUCCCUGUCCGCUGAAUAAUACACGUUCCCGCACGCCGCCCACAUCCGUGGAGCGUUUGCGACCCGGCGAUAUAGACAUCGUAGCUGCACUGGGCGAUUCCCUGUCCGCUGGCAAUGGCAUUAUGUCCAACACGGCACUCGACCUGAUCAACGAGUUUCGCGGUCUGGGCUUCUCGGGCGGCGGUCUGGGCAAUUGGCGCACCACGCUGACGCUGCCAAACAUACUGAAGGUGUUCAAUCCGCAGCUGUAUGGCUAUGCGACGGGCCACGGCCUGGUUGUGAAUCAUCGCACCUCGCGCCUGAGCAUUGCCGAGCCGAUGAUCAUGUCGCACGAUCUACUCUAUCAGGCGCGCGUGCUGAUCGAUCUGCUGCAACGCGAUCCCCAGGUGGACAUGCUGCGACACUGGAAGCUGCUCACCGUUUUCGUGGGCAGCAAUGACAUCUGCUCCGACAUAUGCCACUGGACGGAUCAGCGGGCGCUGCUCGAGCGGCAUGCGCGCGAUCUGCGCCUGGCGUUUCGACUGCUCCGCGACAAUGUGCCCAGGCUGCUCAUCAAUUUGAUAGCAGUGCCCAACAUCCUGCUCACGAUGAGCCAGCUGAAGGGCGUGCCGCUGCAGUGCUAUCUGGUGCAUCGCAUUGGCUGCCAUUGUCUGAUGAGCGAUCGGCUAACACAUGCCCAGCUGCAGCAGCGCCAGGACACCAUUUUGCGCUGGCAGCAGCUGGAUUUGGAGGUGGCACGUCUGCCCGAAUUCCAGCGCAAGGAUUUCGCCAUUAUUGGCCAUCCCAUGAUCACAAAUAUGACCGCGCCCAGGCUGCCCAAUGGCAACACAGACUGGCGCGUCUUUUCCCACGAUUGCUUCCACUUUAGCCAGCGCAUGCAUGCGAUUGCCUCCAACAUGCUCUGGAACAGCAUGCUUCUGCCAGAUGAGCACAAGCCGCGACCCAAUCAGCUGCCAGAGCUCUUUGAGCGUUUCCUGUGCCCCAGCAGAGAGCAGCCCUACCUUGUGGUGCGGCCCAGCUGAAAGAACUAGCCACAAGCUAAACCUAGUUAAGUACCUUUGACCCUGGGGGAGUACAGCUGUCUUGUGAUUUUUUUAAAUUUAAAUAAUAAUUUUAAAAAUAAAUUGCAAACGCAAUUCCUACAGAACCUGAUUUAUUUUCCUAAAGCCAGUUUUAGGCAUUUAGGCCUUAAAAUAGGUGAUUGUUAAAUUACACUACAUUGUUGACUAAAAUAU